AUGUGCCAGCACAGAUUGCGGUGAUUUCUGACAGACUCGCGAGCAUCUUGGGUCACAGCGAUGAUGAGAACGAAGCUGCUACUUUGAAUUCUCCAAUCCAAGUUGAUGUUUCUGCCCCCAGGCUGGAACCCUGCCAUCAGAGUGUUGUGGAUCUUCUGCUGACAUCAUUCUGCCAAAACUUAAUAGCUGCUUCCUAUUUUAACCCUCCGGACAGGCAGGGACAAUGUCUCUCCUUGUUUGUGAAGAUGAUGUGUGGAUACAGGAAUCUCUUACCUGCGCUUCUGGGCAGGCUCUGCCAGCUUAUUUAUCAUCAGGGUCCUUCCCUGAAUGAUGCUCAUAUUUUAGGACUAGCAGCUUUUGUGAUCCACUUAAGUGAAUCCAGAGCUUUAAUUCCUGAAGUGGAAGCCAAUUUUGGGAUUUCUCAGCCUGUGCCUGACAAGGUCCUUUCUGUUUCUGAGUACUGGAACUGCUUGCUAGUGUGCAGGACGGAAGAGUCGUUUGCCUUCUGCUUGAGGUUCUGCACUGCAGCAGCAUCUUAUCUUAUGUGCAAGUUUUCAUCCUAUUCUCGUCAAGAUUUGUGUGCCUUGCUUCCUCCUAGCCUUGUUAAAAAGCUGCAGUACAUCGUGCCACGGCUGUGCUUGGAAGCUCGGGGAAUCCUGUGUGAGGAGGCUAAAACUGACCUAAUCUGGAGUUCCCUGUCAUGCCCCUCUCUGAACUACAAAAGACCCAGCCUCUGUUUAUGGAAGCAAGCACGCUUUCAAGAGCUCUUGAAGGAAAAAGCGUUCCAGUUGUCUUUCAGGGAGUGGCUGCUGUUGGAGCUGGAAGUGUACCCUGAAAAGGAUAUUCUCUCUGCUUCGGAAAGACAGGAUUUCCAUUAUUGGGCCAUCUAUCAAUGGUAUCUUCCUGCACCUUCUGCCUCUGGUGGCUGCGAUGGAGACCUGGAGAAGGCAUGUGGCAUUAUUAUCAAUACCAUUCUGGAUUCCUCACAAAGGUUGGACCUGGGUAGCUAUGGCCAAUCAAAGACGUCAGUCAAUCCUGAUAUUCUCUGCAAGCUGCAGGAGAUGGUACUGGAGCUGGGGUGUAGGCGAAAGCUGCUUUCUGGCUCCUUGGAUGCCCAGAGACACUUCGUGUUUGAGAUUCUCCAGGAAAGAUUGAAAGACAGAAAACAUGGCUCUGCUUUGGGUGAGCAGUUAUGGAGGCAGCAGGAGCUGCUGCUGCACAGAAGGAUUCUGGUAGGGCUCCCUGCAUCCGCUCUGAUCUUGACUUGUCGAAAAGGAAAGAAAACAAUGUUGGACUGUGAAGACUUUUUUCGUUUUGUGAACUCGGAGCUGAAAAACGUCUGUUCCAGAGGGUAUGCGCUCUCCUACGACAUCACUGCUCACUUCUUCAGGGGCCUGCUUAAUGCCAGCUUGGACUGUGAGGAAUCGGCAGAAGAAGGGGUCAAUGGUGUUCUAACAGCAUGUCAAACCAAGUGUCCCAUUGUGCUUUUCUCUGCAGCGCUUUGGUGGCCGAGGCUGGAGCCAGUACUUUGCUCUCAGUGGAGGAGACUUUUUGGGGCUCCGCUUGCAGAAGAACUAGAAAGACUGAGAGGAUGGCAGUCCUCAGCUACCAGCUUCCUUUCUUCAGGAGUGGUUUUCCCUCUCUCUGGCCCUCCUUGGAUUUCGGCUGCCUUUCUCCAUUGUUCUGUUCAACAGCACUCACCAUGCGGACGAGAGAGAAAUGCACUGAAAAGGCUGGGGACUGACACAGAGCAGCUUCUUGUUUCUCUGCUGUUCUUCUCACUCAUGGAUCUCAUCUCAGCAAAAAUAGCACCAAAGGAAGGAGUGGAUUUUCAGACAUCUCUGGAAUGGUCCCUGGAGAUCUUGCAGUGCCUGGAAGAGAGGGGCAUGUCCUGGCCACUUCUCUUCCAUUCGGCAGAGGAAGACCCUAGAAAAUACCAUGUCCUGCACAGCGCAGCCUCGGACCGUCACAUCCGGCUCCUGCCUGUUGCGUUCUACAGCCUCACCCCUUGCUUUCACCAAGAGCUGCUCACUCGGGAGCAGACCUUCCUCUACGUGGCGCUCGAUUUGUACAUCCAGCUGCUUCAGCUCUUUGUGGAAGGGAAAGACCUGCCGCAGGCUGAUCAAGGGGAUCCCUUGGAGGUGAUCUCCACGGCCCGGCGGUUCCUGCUUGGCGCGAUCCCGCGAUGCCCUGCCCAAAGCUUUGGAAACAUACGACUGCUGCUGGACACGUGCGAAGAACUUGACCCAGAGCUGGGAGCCACCCUCCUGCACGUCUCGAGGCCUGCCGCGGCCAUGGAGCUGGACGACGAGCUGGCCCUGUUCUGA